GAACACGUUUUAUCUGGUGUUGUUUUUUUAUCGGGCGGAUGUGAAUCCGAAUCCAAUAACCCGACAAGUUCCGAACUUCUUUCUUUCUGAUAACUACCAGAUGGAGUUGUGCUUGUCGGGCCGUGGCCACAACCCUUGAGAGCAUCUUCAUCAGGUGCGGGCUUUUGCCCCCUUUCGGCCGCGGAGAUCGAUGUUCGUUUGCGACCCAUGGAUCCCCCUUUGAAUCGUUCUGCCGCAGAGGUCGAAGAAGAUGAGUGGGGAUUCUUUGCUGGCAAACAAUGCUCUUCCCUUCCAAAUCUUAAAUUAGAGGAAAGAGAUACUGAUGGAUUUGUUAUCCCAAGCUUGACAAUUGAGGAUCCAGAUUUUGCUAAUGCAAAUGUGCCUGCAGUAACUGAUCCUAUACCUCCUGUGACGACAACCAAAGAAGCUGAGAAAAUCUACUUGGGACCUCAUGGCGCUCCUCCUCAAGCUAAGCAACAAGACUCAAACCCAGCCAGCCGUAAGCAGCGCUUUAAACACAAACUGAGGGAAGCAGACCGUAGGCAUUCAGGAACCGGGCGCGAGAACAAGAUAGAGUCACUUCAACAGCUCGUGGGCAGUAAGGUAAGCAGCGGCAGCAUGCCGAAGAGUUCUCCCCGAGGUUGGUUAGAUCCACAUUGCCAUGAGUCUCUGUUCGAGAAGCAUCACUAGACAAAUUUUCAAAACUGUAGUCAUCACCCCGGGUAUUCACUCACAUGGGCCUUUAUCAUCGUUAUGGACAUGUUGUCUUGGUAGUUGAAUCGAAAAAGCAUAACUUUUAUUCUCA